AUGGCGAGUCUCGCCGGCCUUAUGCGUUUCGCUGCGAUCAGGAGACCCGCUUCAUCGAGGAAGGGUCCUCCUCAGGUGGUUUGGCGCAGCUUCGCGACAUUGUCCAUCAAGGAGCUGCGGGACUUGGGCGUGGACACGGCUCAGCGAGGACGAACAGCCGGACCUCAUGCGUCAGAGGUGCUACACUUCCUACGUCACGCAGGGCUGACGCAGCAGGAGCUGACGCGUGCGGUCCGUAGGCAGCCGGAACUCUUAGACGCCAACCCGGCGGCGUUGGAGGCCUCAGCUGCCACUCUUCAAGGGAUGCUGGGUUCGUCUACGCUGACCACGCUCCGGGACUGCCCCGAGGUGCUCCUCGGCGCUUUGCUGGAGCAUCAGCGGCUUUUCGACGAGUGGGGGCUGGACGUGGAGGUCCUGACACGUUCCCCGCGGAUCCUCUUGAGGGUUCCAAGGGAGCUGCGCUGCGUCUUGGAAUUCCUACGAGAUGAUGCGUCAGGUCCUGGCAUGAGCUGUGAACAAAUCCGCCAGGUGACGCGCCGCUCCCCGAUGCUUCUGCUGGCGACCCGGAAGCCUUCUGAGCAGCUGGCGCCGUUAGUCGCCUUCCUGCGGCACCAAGUAGGCAUCGACCCAGCGGCAGAGCGAUGUUUGGCCUUCUAUGCUUGGCCGGAUGCGGUGGAGAUGUUGCAACGUGCCGCCGGGAAGACCCAGAGCUGA